AUGGCAGCGGGAGAAAGUUUUCGAGUGACUGAGGCGCGGCAAUUUUUAGAGGAUUACUUUGGAGAAAGUGACUCUGGCUUCGAGUUUCAUGGAUUUUCGAGUGGUGAUGACUUGGAUGACCCGGAUUACAUUGUGGAAAACAGUGACAGCGACGCGAGUGAAAUUGACGAGGAGGAGAAUCUGCGAGACGCCGGGUUUCAGCGCGUGAUGACCGUGAACAGGUACGAGAAACUGUCUCAGUACUUGCACUGUAAUCACGCGGCAGCGCGUAUUGGUCGAAACCAUCCUGAUUACCAUCCCAUCGCAAAAGUGGCUCCUGUAGUGGACAUGGCACGACAGCUUACAUGUCUGACUUUCAACUAUAUUCAGGCAAGCGUGAUCAGACCCCUCUUCAGCAGCGUCAUGGACUAG